UUCUACAAUGCUAACGAUUUGACUAAGACGAACAUUUUACACAAGUACGAGCCAUAAAUUUUACAAAUGGUUUCAGGUAGUGUCGGCAAUGAGAAUUCAAGCACAGCAUUUCGUACUACAUCGAGGAACAGCAGUUAUGUCAUACCGGGAAUGUAUGACUUAACUGUCGAAGAUUCCAACUGGGUUUUAACGUCAUCAUUCAUUAUAUUUACCAUGCAAACAGGAUUUGGAAUGCUUGAAUCUGGUUGCGUGUCAAUUAAAAAUGAAGUCAACAUAAUGAUGAAAAACAUCGUCGACAUCGUACUUGGUGGAUUGACUUAUUGGAUAUUCGGGUAUGCAAUGUCUUUCGGUCGGGGCGAAUUUUCUAAUCCUUUCAUUGCCCUGGGUGACUUUUUUAUCGAUCCUAACAUCACAGACCCGUUGAUGGGUCCAAUUUUUGCCGCAUUCCUAUUCCAGUUGUCAUUUUCAACGACAGCGACUACUAUCGUCAGCGGAGCUAUGGCUGAACGGUGCAAUUUUAAGGCUUACUGUCUGUUUUCGUUUCUAAACACAGCUGUUUAUUGUGUGCCGGCAGGCUGGGUUUGGGGAGAGCAUGGUUUUUUGCAUAAAUUAGGCGUUGUCGAUAUUGCUGGAAGCGGACCUGUGCAUCUUAUUGGGGGAACAGCAGCAUUUGCCAGUGCUGCAAUGUUGGGUCCACGAUUAGGUCGUUAUUCAGAUGGAACAGAUCCCCUGCCACUGGGUAAUCCUGUUAACGCUUGCAUGGGAUUAUUUGUGUUAUGGUGGGGAUGGUUGGCAUUUAAUUCUGGAUCAACGUAUGGUGUUAGUGGCGCCAAAUGGCAAUACGCCGCUAGGGCAGCCGUCAUGACAAUGAUGGGAUCCUUUGGUGGAGGAUGUUUUAGUGUAUUAUUUACAUUAACUAAGAAUGAUGGGCGGGCUGACAUUAUGGAUUUGAUAAAUGGUGUUCUUGGUUCCCUCGUAUCGAUUACUGCUGGAUGUUUUCUGUAUCACGCAUGGGAAGCUCUUCUAAUUGGAGCGAUUGGUGCGUUAUUGGCGUGUGUGACUAUGCCGCUGUUCGAUCGACUCGGUGUUGAUGAUCCAGUUGGAGCCAGUAGUGUUCAUGGCGUGUGUGGCAUAUGGGGAGUGAUAGCUGUUGGCUUUUUUGCUGAUAAUCCAAUUCCUAUGGAAACGACGAGUGGACGUGCGGGCCUAUUUAAGGGUGGUGGUUGGUAUUUACUGGGAAUUCAGUCGCUUUCAGCGCUCUGUUUAACAUGCUGGGGCAUCUGUUCAACGUUUUUACUAUUGUGGAUGAUCGACAAAGUGAUACCUGUACGCAUGGAUCCGAACGAAGAAAUCUUGGGUGCCGAUUUGAUGGAACAUCGCAUACGACAUACUCAAAUCGGACUAUCAAGAGCCAUUUCUGCUCUAGCACCGGUUUCGGUGGACUUGAAAGAAGUGACUGGUAUCAAUCAUAUUGGAGUGAAUCCGGGCCACGACAAGAUAGUGGACGAGAUGCGUGACGCUGACGAUAAGAUAAGUUAUUGGCAUUCGAUUUAUGAUAGAGCUGCGAAUAAAGUUACUGGUAAUAUCUCGGACGAUGGUAAGAAUGAGAAGGUUAGUGUGGCGGUUAAAGCGAAGAAUAAACUGGUCAAUAAUAUGAAAAUUGGAAAUUUUAACGGCACGUACACGAAAAAGGGUGACCUUCCAUCAGUGUCGGCCAAUAUGGAUUCCGAGACUGAAGGUCCGGCGUUUGCGUGGGUAGAUUGAAUAUGUAGAUAAGCAACUGUAUUUAAAUAAAAAUGAAAAUAAAAAUCCUAGAACU